ACCAGACAACCACCGGGAAUGGGCCGGCGGCCGCUCUGCAACGCCCGCGAACUCUUCUCGGAGCUUUAAACCCUGCCCCUCUAGUCCCGGCGGCGUCUCCUUGGCGACGCGCUGCGAACUGCGGCUGCGCAAGGGUGACGGCGCGCGGACGAGGGGGAGGGGGUGUUUUGGUUCUAGCCGCUCGCCGUCCUUUCCAGGCUCCGUCGUCGGGAAGCUUCUGGUUUCUGCUUUCUUUUCCCAUUCCCUUUCCUUUUCCAGACUCGGUCCUCCUUCCCUCUUUCCCUUUUGCCUGCUUCCCUAUUUCUACUGACGCCCCGGGUCCGGGCCAUUUUCCGGGCCGGGCACUCUAAGGUGCACGGCCCCGGGGCCCGGUAUAUGACCCGCCGUCUUGGUACCCCUCGCUUCCCCCGCCCCAUGUGGCUGCGGGGCCCCGGCGGCGCUGCCCACUAUGGCCCGGAAAGCAGUUAGCAGGAAGCGGAAAGCGCCAGCCUCGCCGGGAGCUGGGAGUGAAGCUCAGGGCCCGCAGUUUGGCUGGGAUCACUCCCUUCACAAAAGGAAAAGACUUCCCCCAGUGAAGAGAUCCUUAGUGUACUACCUGAAGAACCGAGAAGUCAGGCUACAGAAUGAAACCAGCUACUAUCGUGUGUUGCAUGGUUAUGCAGCACAGCAGCUUCCCAGUCUCCUGAAGGAGAGAGAGUUUCAUCUUGGGACCCUUAAUAAAGUGUUUGCAUCUCAGUGGCUGAAUCAUAGGCAGGUGGUGUGUGGCACAAAAUGCAACACGCUCUUUGUAGUGGAUAUCCAGACCAGCCAGAUCACCAAGAUUCCCAUUCUGAAGGACCGGGAGCCUGGAGGUAUAACCCAGCAGGGCUGUGGUAUCCAUGCCAUCGAGCUGAAUCCCUCUAGAACACUGUUAGCCACUGGAGGAGACAACCCCAACAGUCUUGCCAUCUACCGGCUGCCUACACUAGAUCCUGUGUGUGUAGGGGAUGAUGGUCACAAGGACUGGAUCUUUUCAAUUGCAUGGAUCAAUGACACUAUGGCUGUGUCUGGCUCACGUGAUGGUUCUAUGGGACUUUGGGAGGUGACAGACGAUGUGUUGACCAGAAGUGAUGCAAGGCACAAUGUGUCACAGGUCCCUGUGUAUGCUCACAUCACUCACAAGGCCUUAAAGGACAUCCCCAAGGAAGACACAAACCCUGACAACUGCAAGGUCCGUGCUCUGGCCUUCAACAACAAGAACAAGGAAUUGGGAGCAGUAUCUCUGGAUGGCUACUUUCAUCUCUGGAAGGCUGAAAAUACACUGUCUAAGCUCCUCUCCACCAAACUCCCAUAUUGCCGUGAGAAUGUGUGUCUGGCUUAUGGUAAUGAAUGGUCAGUAUAUGCAGUGGGCUCCCAAGCUCAUGUCUCCUUCUUGGAUCCACGGCAGCCUUCAUACAACAUCAAGUCUGUUUGCUCCAGGGAGCGAGGCAGUGGGAUCCGGUCAGUGAGCUUCUAUGAGCACAUCAUCACUGUGGGCACAGGGCAGGGCUCCCUGCUGUUCUAUGACAUCCGAGCUCAGAGAUUCCUAGAAGAGAGGCUCUCAGCUUGUUAUGGGUCCAAGCCCAGACUAGCAGGGGAGAAUCUGAAACUAACCACUGGCAAAGGCUGGCUGAAUCAUGAUGAAACCUGGAGGAAUUACUUUUCAGACAUUGAUUUCUUCCCCAAUGCUGUUUACACCCACUGCUACGACUCAUCUGGAACAAAACUCUUUGUGGCAGGGGGUCCUCUCCCUUCAGGGCUCCAUGGAAACUAUGCUGGGCUCUGGAGUUAAUGACAACUAAUUCUCUCCCAAAAUGCAGAGAUUUACACUAACUUCCAUCCUCUGUUUCCUUGUUUCUUCUUUUGUUUUUUUCCAAUUGUGUGAGGCCCUCAUAUUUUAGUGGGAACACCAGAGUUUGCCUAUGGUUUAGGUUCUUGUCAGAAAGAAGCUCUAUAUAGAAAUCUGAAGGUUUUGUUUGUUUUUUCCCUUUUUGGUAAUCAGAAUUUCACUUUACUAUGUUUUUUCUUUCUGGCUUCUUAACCAAACAUUUUUAGUCCCUAUUUGUAUUUUUUUUUUUUUCAAGUGACACACACUUUUCCCUCUCUGAUUUCUUUAGGCUGACUUAGUCGUUCUUACCCUUCACUGUUGAGAGGUAGGGCUCCUUUACAAUUAUGUGGUUGCUGUCAGACUUUCUGUGAAAGUUUGGGGGCUGUGUGUGCCUGUGUGUGUGUGUGAACUUGUGUACCUGAAAGUACUGUGUGUUACUGAAAGUACCUGGAGUGAGGAUUACUUGCAAUUAAAAUAUUUAUAAAAGAAACAACUUUGUUCACAGAGUCCAGCUUUGGGACUAAUCUUUAUCUUGUUUUUUAAAGUCUAAUAACACUGAUUAUAGAAAGUAAAAACAGAAAGAAAAAUCAGGAAACCUUUUGAGUUAGAUUGUCGACUUCCUGGGGACUCUUGUGCCAGGACUCCAAAGUGAUCCAUCCCUUACCUGCCUUCCCAUCUGUGUGUCCCCCCAGGUGAGAACACUUAUGUUUAUGUGUCACUUCUACUUCAACUUCCUGUCUCCUUAGCCAGUGUGGCCACUCCCCUAAAACAUCAGUCUCCAUCCAAAUGCAGCUCUAGAGGCUGCAGAAGGCUUGGUAGAACAAGGUAAAGAGAAUCCUCAUCCUAACCUCCUUCACCCUCCCCUCAGAGAAGACCUGAUCUGCUAUCUCAGGGGCCUGGAGCUGGGGGCCUCAAGUCAGCUAAAAUUAGCAUAGUCAGUCCCCUUGGCUUUGAGGAGAAACUUCUCCUUUGCCUUUCUUCUAGUCUUCCCAAUGGGUUUUACUUUUGUUUUCCAAACUGGGUUCAGUCUCCAGGAGGGUAGGGACUAAUAGGGAUUUUAUCUGUGUGUAGAGGGCUUCAUGUGUGAAAUGUCUGUUUUCUUAAUACAGCGGGGCUGGGGUUGAAGCCACCUCUCCCACUCUGUUGGCUCAGCACUAAGGUGGUGAUGGCGUGGCCUACAGCCACCAGCGUUGUGCAUGUUAAAAACUUUGAUGUGAUUAGUAUUUUGUUCCUCCCUUGAACUGUCUAGUCUGAGGUUUUUAAACUUGCAGGCAACUGACUGAUCGUGAUGUCCAGUUAUUCCUUGCUUUUUAUGCAUCAUGUUGCAGAUAACAGCUAUUUCUACCCACAAAUUCCUCCUCCAUUUGAAGUACAUACUCUGCUUCUGUCAACAGCCCAUUCUGGGGAAAGGAAAAGUCAUAAUUAUUCCUGCACUCCAGGUUCUAAGUUGUUCUCCUAGUCACCCCUUUCUGUUCCGGGUGUAAGUAGGGAGAUUGAAAAAGAGUGUCUUCUUGAUGAUGGGAGCUGGUGGGAGGGAAAUCAGUAAGUCACCGUAUCUUGGCAGUACAAUGCAUACACCACAGGUUCUAGAAUUCUCAUCUUCUAACUUAGAGAAAUAGGUGCUAUAAACAGGGAAUUAAGCAAAAUGCUGGAUGCUGUAGGUCUUUUAAUUGUCUUAAUUUUUUUCUAUUAAACUAUAGGCUUUAGAUUUCUUAGUUCUCACAAGAGCUUUUAAACCAACUUGUAUAUUUAAAAAAAAAAAAUCUUAAGUUCUUAAAUAGGAUGUUUUGUACUGUUGCCAGACCCUCUUCUGUGAUGGGUAAUGCGUUUGAUUGAGUUUUUGUUUUAAAAAAUGUAGCACUUGACUUUUUGCCAAGUAAAAAAAUAAAUAUUAUUCCAGUGCAAA